UAGGUGAUAAGCAAGAAGAAGAUAAUGGGAACGUCGCUGGUUUCGAACGUGAAGCGCGAGGUUUCGAUCAUGAGCAAGCUCAACCACCCGAACAUCGUGAAGCUGCACGAGGUGCUGGCGACGAAGACCAAGAUCAAUUUCGUGUUGGAGUUCAUUAAAGGCGGUGAGUUAUUUGCUAAGGUUUCGAAAGGGAGGUUCAGCGAGGAUCUCGCCCGCAAGUAUUUCCAGCAGCUUAUCUCCACCGUAGGGUACUGCCACUCGCGCGGCGUUUUCCACCGUGAUUUGAAGCCGGAAAAUCUCUUGCUUGAUGAGAAUGAGAAUCUCAAGGUCUCCGAUUUUGGACUCAGUGUCGUCAAAGACCAGGUCAGCCCCAAAAUACUAUAAUUUGCAUUUACAGCA